CUCCCGAUCGUGCUGCCAAGUCCACCUCGACUGAGCACGACCACGAAUCCCCCCCUUUAGCCCGGCAGCUAUUGCUUGCGCUGCGUGAGUUUCGGACCAACAGGUUUCCCUCGAUAAUCCCCCCAAAUCGACCGACGACAAUAUCCCCCUUCCGGACUCCCUCUUGCGACACCAUGCUGUCCAACCCAACCCGAAAUCUCCAGGCCCGCCAACGCGCGACGCACCGUCGACAAAACUCGACCCCGUCCGCGUUCGAGGCCGCGAAGAUCCCUGCCCUGCCCAAUGUCCAGCAACAACGACAGAGAGCCCUCGGCCACCGCCGGGGCCUCAGCUUGGACACCCGACGCCAUGUGUCUCCCGCAUCCGCCCUCGGGACAACAACGACGACCUCUGGCACUCCGACACGGCAGGACUUCACAACGGUAAGUACGAAUACUAACACAGGACUAGCGACAACCUCCCCGCAGCAUGUGCUGCGAGAAGCGCAGCAGCAACGCAUCCAAGCGUGUCCGGGCACGCAUCAUGACCACUUCAACCGACACCACCAGCAACAACAACAACAACAACAACAACAACAACAACAUCAUCAUCAUCGUCAACAACAACAACGACAACUCCAUCUGCAGCACCAGCAGAAUUUCAUGUCCGCCGCCGACCACGAGAACUAUCUCAUCUCGCCCCACGGCACACCCCAGCAUCAACGCUUCGACCCCUCGGCGUGCUUCGACACCUCCCCCGUCGCCUUCAACCCCUUCCACGGCGGGGCGCAGGGCUUGGACGCCAUGAUGCCGCUGUCAAAAGACCACCCAGCUGGGUUCGCCGGCUCGUCCCUCAUGUCGGAGAAGGACUUGGACCUGUUCGGCCCCGACAGCGCGCUCUCCUCGCCCACGUUCAUCAGUUUUCACGACAACAGCCCCGGCGCCCACCCGGGCUGGCACUCUGAGAGCGACGUCGUUAACGGCAGUGGCGGUAGCCGGAGGACGACGACCUCUCGGAGGAUCAGCAACGGCAUCAUGGACCGGGUGGCCAAGUUCGAGGGCAUGGAGGCCGCUUCGAGGCCCACGACGCCCCCCCACCAGAAUGUCAACGGAGGACCAGGUUACUUUCCCCCUACUCCCAUGGAGACGCCCCAUAAUCGCAUGUCCAAGCAGGACCCGGUGUCGAUGGCGGUGGUGCCGGCGUCGGUACCGAGGCCCAGCCGGUUCGCCGAGGGGUACGACGAGUCCAUGGAGGAGACCCUCAAGCCCGUGCGCAAGGGGUCGAGCAAGAGGACCCAGACCAUCUUCGAGGAGAUGCGGCAGCGGGCCGAGGAGGAUGUCGCGAGCCGGACAGCUUCCCAAAGCAACCAGCCCGAGAGCAUGGCCGACGGGAUGACGCCCAUGGACGCACAGGUGGCGACGGCCGACUUUAUGAACAUGAACAAUUUCAACUCGGAGUUCUUGAGGAUCCAAACGGGCAGAAAUCUCGGGGAGGGAGUCGGCAGCGACGACGUAUCUCGGCACGCAGCAACAACAGCAACAGCAGCAGCAGCAACAACAACACCGCAUACGCCGCAUGGUCGUUUCCACCUCGGCAACCCCUUCGAGAACAAGCCGGAUCUGUACGCGCAGCAGGCAAGCGAAUCACCGAGUUCCCCCUCGCACUCUCGCACCACCUCCCGGCGCAGGUCGCCGCACCGGCGCACCGAGUCCCUCGCCAGCAUGGCCAGCAUGGCCAGCGCGGCCAGCAUCGCGGACAUCAACAUCGAGGAGACCAAGACGGAGACGGGGAUCACGCUGGACGACAUCUCGAUGUACAUCCAGGGCCCGGACCCGUCGGACAACAAGUGGCUCUGCCUGUACGAAGGGUGCGGCAAGAAGUUCGGGCGCAAGGAGAACAUCAAGUCGCACGUGCAGACGCACCUCAACGACCGCCAGUACCAGUGCCCGUCGUGCAAGAAGUGCUUCGUCCGCCAGCACGACCUCAAGCGCCACGCCAAGAUCCACACGGGCAUCAAGCCGUACCCGUGCGAGUGCGGCAACAGCUUCGCCCGCCACGACGCCCUCACGCGCCACCGCCAGAGGGGCAUGUGCAUCGGCGCCUUUGACGGCAUCGUCAAGAAGGUCGUCAAGCGGGGCAGGCCCCGGAAACACCGCCCCGAUAUGGAUGAGCGCGUCGAUAAGGCGGCCCGGACCAGGCGGAAGAACAAGUCGUCGCCCGGGUCCGCGUCGUCCCAGUCGGGGUACUCGGAUACGUCCGUCGCCAACUCCCUAGAAGCCACCACUAGUUUCAACACCGACACGGUAAUGACGAGCAACGACGGUCCCCGGUUCGCCGGUAGUAUGGAGAUGGAUGGCAUCAAGCAGGAGAGUACGUCGAUGAUGAUGACGGGUGAAAUUGCCGCCAUCUCUUCGGCCCCUAUGCCAUCCGUCCGGGCGCCCAUAAUAUCCCCUGAACCGGGUGUAGCACAGUCUCCGCCCACGGCCAGCCACCACUCACCCUACGUCUCUGCCGAGGCCAUCAUGGACUCGAAUUCCGCAGCCAUGCCGCAGUUUAAUUCCGAGCCCGAGCCCGAGCCCGCAAUAGCGACAGCAACAGGAACAGCAACAGCACACACGGCUCGAGGCUCGCCGACCAGGAGCACGCCCAGCCAAUACAACACGCCACCGGGACUGUCCCAGUCCUCGUCGCCGCCGCCGACGCAAUAUUUCGACCCAGAGCCCGGCUCGUCAAGUUUCAGGGACGACGACCUGUUAGCCGACAUGCGCACGACGUCGACAAUGACAUCGGGGGCGGGGAUCUGUCCGUCCAUGCCGGCGGGACACGUCCUAGACCCCAACACGAGCCUGACGAGCCUCGGCAUGGGCGAGCCGGACGAUGAGAUGCUCAUGAAGGCGUUUACGACGGAGGACGACGGAGCCUUGGGUUCCAUGUCCAUGGCCAUGUCGUUUGACCGGGAUCCCAACGUGCUCAUGAUGAGCAAAUUUGACGACUUUGACGACGCCGUUGACAUGUUUACCAAUCACGAUGACAUGUUUUUCGGGAGUUCGUAGCCUGCCUACAUGAGUUUUCCACGGUCCAUCACAGUUCUGCAACGUUGUGGAUUUCAGAAAAAUCAAACCAAGAGACAGAAAAAACAAAACGGCGUUGUCAUUAAGUGGCGUUGGGUAAGGGGAUGGAUUCUCAUUCUCGUUCUCGUUCUCGUUCUUGUUCCGAGCCGCU